ACAUCUUUAAAAGGGGUAGACGUAGAGGUGCUAUGUCUCAAAAGGAUACAUACUGUAUCCCUUUGUGCAAAUAAUACAUUUGCACAAUUACUUUCCGUCUUUUUUCCCUCUGCAGAAGACUGCGAUGACUUUGGAGACUGCAGCACACAACCCAGCACCACCUCAGAUAGUCUGCAUGUGGACGCUCCUGGCUCCUCCCACAUGUCCAGUAACAACAGGGAGCUGCGGAUCCUGAGCGUCCACGGAAAAGGGGAGGGCCCACUGGUGGUUUGCGGCGAUGACAACCUCUUCACGACGUUCAAACCGGAGGCUCUGAGCUCGCUGUCCGCGGAACAAAGCGUGGCAAAGAGCCUGGAGCGCGGCGAGCAGCUGGUCCGCCGCGAGGAGCUGACGGGGCAUCGUGGCGGCGGCAAGGACCGGCCCGCUGUGUUGUCUGGAGAGGGUUUACCCGACAAAACCAAUAUGACCAAUCACAUGCGUACCCACACCGGCGAGAAGCCGUACGAGUGCAACCAAUGCAAGAAGCGCUUCCAACAGAAAGGCGCCCUGAAGACCCACAUGAGGACUCACUCCGGGGAGAAGCCCUACAGGUGUGACCAAUGCUUGAAGAGCUUCAGUCAUAGCUUCGACCUGAAGGUCCACAUGAGGACUCACUCCGGGGAGAAGCCCUACAGGUGUAAACAAUGCAUGAGGUGCUUCGGGCAGAGCUCUCACCUGAAGAGCCACAUGAGUACUCGCUCCGGGGAGAAGCCCUACAGGUGUAACCAAUGCGUGAAGCGCUUCAGACGGAGCUCCAGCCUGAAGAGCCACAUGAGGAUUCACUCCGGGGAGAAGCCCUACAGGUGUGACCAAUGCGGGAAGCACUUCAGUCAUAGCUCCUACCUGAAGAGCCACAUGAGGACUCACUCCGGGGAGAAAGCCUACAGCUGUGACCAAUGCGAGAAGCGCUUCAGUCAAAGCUCCGUCCUGAAGAUCCACAUGAGGACUCACUCCGGGGAGAAGCCCUACAGUGGUGACCAAUGCAUGAAGUGCUUCGGACAGAGCUCAAUCCUGAAGAUGCACAUGAGGACUCACUCCGGGGAGAAGCCCUACAGGUGUGACCAAUGUGUGAAGCGCAUCAGUCAGAGCUCCACCCUGAAGAACCACAUGAGGACUCACUCCAGGGAGAAGCCCUAUAUGUUAUUAAACAUGUCACCGUGCGGUCCAACUCUGGAAGAACAGCUUUCGUUCAUAAUGGACAUACUUGCGAAAGCUGCUGUAUCUGAAAUUAGCCAACUGUUCUCGGAAGGCUCGGCUACCCUUCGCUUACAAAUAACUCGGAGCCUGAAAGAAAACCAAGCGCUGAGGAUGAGGAUGAAGGUGAUGAGGAGUGAGCUGUUUUCUUUGCGGCUUCAAACGAGAUCAAAUGCAUCCUGUGCCGCAAGUCUUUUUGCCCUGGCUCGAGCGGACAUCUGCAAACCAGAGACUAAACCACAGGGAGAUGAAGACUGCGAUGACUUUGGAGACCGCAGCACACAGCGCGGCGCCACCUCAGAUAGUCUGCAUGUGGACGCUCCUGGCUCCUACCAGAUGUCCAGUCACAGCGAGGAGCUGAGGAUCCUGAGCGUCCACGGAAAAGGGGAGGGCCCACUGGCGCUGCACGGUCAUGACGCCCUCUUCACUGUGUCUGAACUGGAGGCCCUGAACUCUCUUUCUGCAGACCACAGCGUGGUCAAGAGCCUGGAGCGCGGCGAGGAGCUGACUGUGCAGCAGACCCCAGACACUGUUUUAAUCAAGGAUGAAGAGGACAUUUGUGGAGGCAUGCCCACUGCAGAAGACUGCGAUGACUUUGGAGACCGCAGCACACAGCGCGGCGCCACCUCAGAUGGUCUGCAUGUGGACGCCCCUGGCUCCUCCCACAUGUCCAGUCACAGCGAGGAGCUGAGGAUCCUGAGCGUCCACGGAAAAAGGGAGGGCCCACUGGCGCUGCACAGCCAUGACGCCCUCUUCACCGUGUCCGAACUGGAGGCCCUGAACUCUCUGUCUGCAGACCACAGCGUGGCCAAGAGCCUGGAGUGCGGCGAGCCGCUGGUCCACCGUGAGGAGCUGGCUGCGCAUCGGGGAGGUGGCAAGGACCCACCCGGUGUGUUAUCUGGCCAGGGUUUACCCGACAAUACCAAUAUGACCAACCACAUGCGUACCCACACCGGCGAGAAGCCGUACGGGUGCAACCAAUGCAAGAAGCGCUUCCAACAGAAAGGCGCCCUGAAGACCCACAUGAGGACUCACUCCGGGGAGAAGCCCUACAGGUGUGACCAAUGCGUGAAGCGCUUCAGUCAGAGCUCCGCCCUGAAGAGACACAUGAGGACUCACUCCGGGGAGAAGCCCUACAGGUGUGACCAAUGCGUGAAGCGCUUCAGGAGGAGUUCCCACCUGACGGUUCACAUGAGGACUCACUCCGGGGAGAAGCCCUACAGGUGUGACCAAUGCGUGAAGCGCUUCAGUACGAGCUCUCACCUGAAGAGCCACAUGAGUGCUCACUCUGGGGAGAAGCCCUACCAGUGUGACCAAUGCGAGAAGCGCUUCGGACACAGCUCCAACCUGAAGAUCCACAUGAGGACUCACACCGGGGAGAAGCCCUACAGGUGUGACCAAUGCGUGAAGCGCUUCAGUACGAGCUCCAACCUGAAGGUCCACAUGAGGACUCACUCCGGGGAGAAGCCCUACAGGUGUGACCAAUGCGUGAAGCGCUUCAGUACGAGCUCCGAGCUGAAGAAACACAUGAGGACUCCCGGGGAGAAGCCCUACAGGUGUGACCAAUGCGUGAAGCGCUUCAGUCAGAGCUUUGACCUGAAGGUCCACAUGAGGACUCACUCCGGGGAGAAGCCCUGAAGGUGCAACGCCAGCUUCAGCGACCCAAACAACGAGGCAAUGGGGUGCUUUGACACAGGGCAACGGGCGCUUUGAUUAAAACCUCUAGUCUAUCCUGUAGACGUUGAAAUGACUGUCGUUUUUUUUUUCCCGUUUUAUUAAAGACGCUUUCCAACUUUUCAUUCGCCAUAAUUGAUGUCUGUGUGAUGAAGAAUAAAUUAUUUUUUGGACACCU